CCAAACGCAACGUUAGUAACCACUUUCGGGGCACUACCUUAUCGUCUCCGAGCAGAGGAACACGAACACGAAAACCUCUUUCCUAGUCCCCUUAGUGUUUCCUCUGCUGAAUAAUCAAACCUCAAGAAAAUGAAAGAAGACCAAACCAUGUUGAUUUGGCGAGAGAUUCCUGGUCUCGAAUUAACAAGAGAAGACCAUUUGUGUAGCAAAUGGCUGGGUGCCGGUAAUAAUGCUAGCGGUGGCCGUUGCAGUAAUUUUGCUUGUGUUUCUGUGGCGGAAAAGAGAGAGGAGAGAGAGUUGGUGCCAACCACGGCGCAGCUCCUAAAGCAUCCAUUGGUUUUGCUUGCUUUGGUUCCUAAAGAGGCGGCGUUGUUCGCCGCCGGCGCUAUUGCCGGUGUCGCCGCAAAGACCGUCACUGCGCCUCUCGACCGUAUCAAGCUUCUAAUGCAGACCCAUGGAUUCAGAACUGGGGCAGAAAGUGCUAAGAAGAGCAUUGGGUUCAUUGAGGCAUUUACAUCAAUAGGAAAGGAAGAAGGAAUUAAAGGGUACUGGAAAGGCAACCUUCCUCAGGUGUUACGUAUCAUACCUUAUAGUGCGGUCCAGCUGUUUGCUUAUGAAACCUACAAGAAAGUUUUUAGUGGAAAAGAUGGUGAGAUCUCUGUUAUUGGAAGACUAGCGGCAGGUGCUUGUGCUGGCAUGACUAGCACAUUUGUUACAUACCCUCUAGAUGUCCUCAGGUUACGAUUAGCAAUUGAGCCGGGGUACUUAACAAUGACAGAGGUUGCCGUUAACAUGCUGAGAGAGGAAGGAGUUGCAUCCUUCUAUAAUGGUCUUGGACCUUCGCUUACUGCAAUAGCUCCUUACAUUGCUUUGAACUUUUGCGUUUUUGAUUUGGUGAAGAAGUCUUUGCCUGAGAAAUAUCAGAAGAGGACUGAAAUGUCCCUAGCAAUAGCUUUGGUAUCAGCUACAAUUGGCACACUCAUGUGCUAUCCGUUGGACACAGUCAGACGGCAAAUGCAAAUGAAGGGUUCACCUCACAAGACGGUUUUGGAUGCCUUUCCAGGAAUUGUGGCACGUGAUGGCUUUCUUGGAUUGUACAGGGGUUUUGUGCCCACUGCAUUGAAAACUCUACCAAACAGCAGGUUCAUGUUGUUUCCUUUAUCAUCUCAUCCUAUCCGUUCUUUUUUUUUUUUUUGUGCAAUUUCUUUUGGUGUUCAUUGUCUAGUCUUCAAGUAGACAGGUGAGGCAUUCUGUUUUAGUCUUUUUUGGCGAGUUAGUUGCAGUUGAGAAUGCCUUGGCUUUGGCCAAGUUCUGCAAUGUUUCCUCUAUGAGUAGGCUGUUCUCUCAAACAAACAUCAAUUGCCUUGCCAUGAAACAUUAAUUAAGAAGGAAAUAAAAGUUAACCAAGAGUUUUCAUGCAUAUUUCCGAAAUAAUAAGGCAAUGCUAGGACAUCCCAUGGCGAAGGUAAUCACAUUUCAUUGGGAUCACCUUAGUCUGGGACUCUGUUCUUUAAUAACACCUCCCAAAAGUUCAUAUUUCUGAUGGAAGACUUUUUCAGGAUGUUAUAAUGAUCUGGUCUCAAUUUUCACCUCCUUUUCAAUUGCAGCAUUAGGCUUACCACCUUCGACACUGUUAAACAUCUGAUUUCUGCCAGUGAGAAAGAGUUUCAAAGAAUGAUGGAGGAAAAUCGCAAAAAACACAAGCAGGCUGACUGCUAGUGAACAGUGAUUGUGAUACCUAGAUUUUUUACAUACGAUACUUGAAUGGUUUUUUCUUGCUAAUUUUUUCUUUUAAUUUUUGCCUGUCUAGCUCAAGCAUUGACCUUUUUGUGGGUUUCAUAUCAUGGUAAAAGCAUUGUAAGAGGUGGGAGAGCAUACGAGCUGUCGGUAAUCAUUUUCGGCCUCUAAUUUUGUAAUACAAUAGGUUGUGCAAGACUUGGAAUGCUGCUGGUAGUGUAUAUGCCAUUUUUUUUCAAUCCAUUGUAAUAUUUUUCAUUGCACAAGCAAGUGAAGUAGACUGUGAAGUGAUAUGAUCAAUUGAACAUUUUGGCGCACU